AUGAAAUAUUUUUUUAGUAUUCUGAUAAAUAUUUCUUUUUUUAUUAUAUUAAUAACAUCUACUAAUACUUCUGUGAAGGUAGAAAAAUGUUCUUCAGAUUGUGAAUCAAAUGUUGUAGAAGAUUUUCCUAAAGAUCCCUACAAAGUUAAAUAUUAUAGAUAUUCUUUAAAAAGUUUUUACUAUUGUAAUAAUUAUAGUUUUUUUAAUGAAAUUGAUGCAUUAAAUUACUACCAUUAUUUGUAUUCCAAUACAACAGAUGAUAAACAAAAGUAUAAACCAAAUGGUGGAACCAAAAAAUGGACAGUUUAUAAACUUGAAAAUAGAUAUCUAUUUAGAGAAUAUAGUGGAAAGAUGUAUUAUUUUAAAAAUUCAUUUACUGCUAAAAUUAAUCCUAAAGUAUGGAAAAAUUGUAGUUAUAAAUGUUAUUCAGAAAAUAAUUUUACAGAAUUUAAGAAAAAAAUGGUAGAAGAAUUAAACAUGUAUAGAGAAUUACAUGAUGCAAAUCAACUUGUUUAUAAUGAAACACUUGCUCAAGAAGCUCAGAAAAUAGCAGAAGAAAAGGCACAAAAAGGUAGUCAUAGUCAUUGUGAUAAAAAUCUUCCUUUUGGUUGUCUUUUUGGAUCUUUAAUUCAUUUUAAUGUUGGUAAAAUGUUAUACUCAAUGUACAAUGAAUUUCUUUCAAAGUAUGACUUUGCAGCUGAUUAUGUUUAUCGUAGAUAUACUCCUGGACUAGAAUUAAUUUGGAAAAAUGUAAAACAAGUUGGUGUUGGGGUUGCAGAAGACUCUCUAUUUGGUUAUGUUAUUUUUACAUUUUCAUCUAAAAUUACAAAUGAUUCAAGUUACUAUGAUAAUAUUUUUCCUGUACAAAACAAGUAUAUUCAAAUGUAUGCUAAAGAUUAA